AUGCACUCGUUAUCACCACUGUCUUUAUUCAUUCUUUUCUCUUCCGCGCACGCCUCAUACGUUCAGUUCAAGGACUGCAGUGUCCCAUCCUCAUCAGCAUAUUCCUACGACCCAAACAGUCUGGACGUGUAUCUUGACCAGCACAGCAAUGGAACAACGACGCUUAGUCUUGGGAUCACAGGGAAUUAUCCCACGAUAGCGUCGUGUCGGAGAUCGCUGCUCGACAACGCCUCUGUCGAAUUGAGCCUGGAAGCGCUGGGCGGGACGACGCGCUACAAUGGCGAGGUUCGGAAUGCGACGUGUCGGACUAGGGAGUUUAAGCAGAUCAACAUGGUUUUCUACAUGCAGUAUCUCGAGGUUCUUUUCAGGAUAAAUGAUCCGAAACCGCUGGCGGCGUAUGAGUUUGACAUUAACAUCGAUGCUCCGGAUCAUUUCUCUGUGGCGUGUCUCAAUGGGUUUUUGACGCCGGAUAUUGGAUACACGGUCCAGGAGAUUUCAUUCUGGAUACCAGCGCUUACGUUUAUUCUGGUCGUUUUGGCAGCUGUGGGGAGAGAAUGGUUUAAUCUCGUGCAUCCUUUGCGAGAAGACGAUGAGUCUGGGCAGGAGAGGAGUAUAAGCCGUUCUCAUCUCACGCGCAUAGCCGAUUGUCUCGCAUACAUCCAAUUCAUCUUCUUUUCUAGCGCGCUCAGCCUCCGACAACCUGGCUUUCUUCAACCAGUGGUUAGUUCGACGAGUUGGUCCACGCUCAUGACUCGACGGGGUAUCGUUUGGCGACAUUCGCUUUAUUACGGUAUUCGCGAUGGAAUCCAUGAGAUCAACGGGACGUUUGGUGGGACUUCGGGGCUGGAGCACAUGACGCAGGUGAUGGGGGCUCCAGUGACAGUGGAAACCUGGACCAACAUCGCGACGCUGGCGGUUGUCAUUCUCGUGCUUUUAUACGCGGUAAUUCAGGCAGGGCUUCAUUUGAGAUGGACGCGCGAUUGGUUCCAGCAGUCGGGGAGAUGGAUGAUCGACAGGUCUUCGAAACCGCACAAAGCUACGAUCUGGGUCGCUUUACGAGUCUACCUAAGUUAUCUCCUUCUACCGCUCACGGCUUGGACGACGUAUCAACUUGACAGCGUCAGCGCACGCCCGGUUUACUACACGAUUCUCGUCAUCCUGGUGGUUGCUUUGUUGAUCAUCGGGUGCUGGUGGGGAAUGUCGCGGAGUCCUCAAGACAUGGGUUAUUUACUGGUCGACAAUCUUCACAAGCAGACGCCGGAGGAGCCUUCCCGGACACAAGACUAUUACACCUAUGUCACAUUCAUCCUUCUUUUCGCCCGGGGAGUUAUUAUCGGUGGAUUACAGCGUUUUGGAACCGUUCAGUUGUUUUCGCUCAUGGCUUGCGAAGUUGUUCAGCUGGGCUUUCUCGCUUGGGUCGGCGCGACAUCUGAGUUGCUUUCAAAACCGGUCUUGAUCGCCGGGGCGCGACUCUCAGCGCUUCUUCUCUGCCUGGGAAUGAUUCCUGAUUUGUGGACUCACAUUGCUGCGAGUGCGCUUGGCUACGUUUUGCUCGCAUUCCAUGCGCUGUUCUUACUUGGCAUGUUUCUUGUUCCCUCAGCUUACGAGUCCACCCGUCUUGGAGUUACUUGGUACAAUGAAUGGCAGGCCCCUCAACAACCUGCUGGCGACUCUUCACUCGAGCGACCCCAAGUUUACGGCCUUCGUCAACUCUCAAGACGUCCCACGACAAGAACAGACCUAACGAACCAAAGCUUCAUGGAUCACGACAGAAGUAGCAGCCUCUCCAGCUCAGCCAAUUCAUCCUCCGAAUCCUCCAACAGAUUCUCUCGCGGAUCAGAGCCUGUAUCCCCCGAACUCCUCCGCACAUACUUCCGCUCUCCCCGCCCCGAGAGAUCCGUAUCAAGCCUCUCCGGUAGAAGUCAAUUCGACUCACCGCGCCCCGAGCGCUGUGCAUCACGCUCUUCCCCACGCCAUCAGCAAUUUCCGUCCUUUGAUACCACGCGCCCACCAACAGUUUACGAGAAUCCUGCGGAGAGGAAUUCCGUUGGUUCGAGUUUGAGCACGGAUAGUGGAGAUAUUGGAGAACAACCUUCUGCAUGGUCGGCGAUAUUGCCGUCGAAUACAAAUGUGGAUUAUUCGUUCAGGGAAACGGAUUUGUAUUAUGUUAAGCCGAGGGAGGUGUCGUUUGGGAAUGCUGAAGGGGGUGACGAUGGCCGUGGACAGGCGUCGGGUUGGGCAGGAAAGCUCAAGUUUUGGUCAUGA